GGGUGAAGGGGGGAGGGAGGGGAGGAAAGAAUAGACAACAGGAACACUAAAAGAAAUAGAAGACGUAGCCCUGCUUAAAUGAACUUGAAAUCUAGGUGUUAGAAUUCAAGAUGCAAUCCAGUAUAUCAAAUCAUGGAAUUCAUCAGCAAUUGGAAAUGAAGUCUUUGUAAAGCAAACUUUCAAAAUUCUUCUAACCAUUCGACAAGCAUUUGUUGAGAUACUAUUAUGCAGCUAUCAUUAUCCUAAACUGAGAAGAAUAUAUAAGGUUCCUGUGAAGAAACUAAAAAACAAACAAAAAAAAAUACACAAUUUGAGAUAAAAUAUAACAAUCAAGUGCAAAAAGGGACAUGAAGAAGAGAUCUGUGGAGAAUAGAGUCUUUGGGAAAACUUUAUGGAGAGAGAUGGUUGGUUGACAAAUGAAGGCACUGCAGAUAGGGAAGAUACCUUGAGUCAUGGCUUUGGAGCAGGUAACAUCUAAAGGAACUGGUUUAAAUCCUAAUGCCAAAGUAUGGCAAGAAAUUCCUCCUGGAACUCCUGAUACCACUACUGUAGCUCAUGGAACUGAAAGCUCUUGGCAUGAAACAGCAGCCACAUCAGGGUCUCAUCCUGAAGGAAAUGCUGAGCUUUCAGAAGAUGUAUGUAAGGAAUAUGAAGUAAUGUAUUCUCCAUCUUGUGAAACCACAAGAAACACUACAGGCAUUGAAGAAUCAACUGAUGGAAUGAUAUUAGGACCUGAAGAGCUGAGUUACCAAAUAUAUGAUGUUUCUGGAGAAAGCAGUUCAACAAUUUCUACAGAAGACCUAAAAGAAUGUCUAAAGAAACAAUUAGAAUUCUGUUUUUCACGAGAAAACUUGUCAAAGGAUCUUUAUUUGAUAUCUCAGAUGGAUAGUGAUCAGUUCGUCCCAAUUUGGACAAUUGCCAACAUGGAAGAGAUAAAAAAAUUGACCACAGAUCCUGAUCUAAUUCUUGAAGUGUUGAGAUCUUCUCCUAUGGUACAAGUUGAUGAGAAGGGUGAGAAGGUGAGACCAAGUCAUAAACGUUGUAUUGUCAUUCUCAGAGAGAUUCCUGAAACAACACCAGUAGAGGAAGUGAAAGCUUUGUUUAAAAGUGAAAACUGCCCCAAAGUGAUAAGCUGUGAGUUUGCACAUAAUAGCAACUGGUAUAUCACUUUUCAGUCAGACACAGAUGCACAACAGGCUUUUAAAUACUUAAGAGAAGAAGUUAAAACGUUUCAGGGCAAGCCAAUCAUGGCAAGGAUAAAAGCCAUCAAUACUUUUUUUGCUAAGAAUGGUUAUCGAUUAAUGGAUUCUAGUAUGUAUAGUCAACCGAUUCAAACUCAAGCACAGUAUGCCUCACCAGUCUUUAUGCAGCCUGUAUAUAAUCCUCAUCAACAGUACUCGGUCUAUAGUAUUGUGCCUCAGUCUUGGUCUCCAAGUCCUGCACCUUACUUUGAAACGCCACUGGCUCCCUUUCCCAAUGGUAGUUUUGUGAAUGGCUUUAAUUCACCAGGAUCUUAUAAAACAAAUGCUGCUGCUAUGAAUGUUGGUCGACCAUUCCAAAAAAAUCGUCUCUUGCCGGAUCCGAUUCCCCCACUUGAUUCUUCUUUGGCAAGUGUGAAGCCUCAUUUUAGGUCAUCCAGUGGUUCAGAACAUUCAACAGAGGGCUCUGUGUCAUUGGGGGAUGGACCAUUGAACAGAUCUAGUUCAAGGAACUUUCCACCCGAACGGCAUAACCCUACAGUAAUAGGGCAUCAGGAGCAAACUCACCUUCCCAAGGAGACUCCUGUUUUACAGAUGGAACAGAAUGGGGACUAUGGUAGGGGCAGGAGAACUGUUUUCAGAGGUCGAAGACGACGAGAAGAUGACAGAAUCCCAAGACCCCAUCCUUCAACAGCUGAAACAAAGGCUCCAACACCAAAGUUUGACUUACUAGCUUCAAAUUUUCCUCCAUUACCUGGAAGUUCAUCAAGGAUGCCAGGUGAACUUGUUUUGGAGAAUAGAAUGUCUGAUGUUGUUAAAGGUGUCUACAAAGAAAAGGAUAAUGAAGACUUGAGAGUUAGUUGCCCAGUGCCUGUAGAAGAUGAGCAAACAGACUGUACUUCUGCCCUGCAACUCAGUAUGAGUACAAGUCCUCCAUGUACAGCUGAGCUUCCUGCAUUAAGCACAACUCAGAAAGAAAAGGAUCCAAUAGAGGAAUCCACUGUUCAGAAGGAUGUUCUCAAUCAGAUGACUAUACCAGUUUCUUCCCCAAGCACUGCAAAGACACCACGGGCAAAUACUGCUUCACCAAGUAAUAGUAACACAAAUGCAUCCGGAGCUAUGACCAUACAGGAACCUCGAAAGUUAAGUUAUGCCGAAGUGUGCCAGAAGCCCCCUAAAGAGCCAGUUCCAGUUCUUGUGCAGCCACUACGGGAACUUCGCUCCAAUGUUGUGUCUCCCACCAAAAAUGAAGAGACUGGAGCUCCUGAGAAGUCCAUUGAGAAAUCACAUGAGAAGCCAGAAGCAAGGGCUAGUAAGGAUUAUUCUGGCUUCCGAGGCAAUACCAUUCCCAGGGGAGCAUCUGGAAAAAUCAGGGAACAGAGACGCCAGUUUAGCCAUAGGGCUAUACCUCAGGGAGUGACUCGACGUAAUGGCAAAGAGCAAUAUGUGCCACCCAGAUCACCAAAGUAAAAUCAAAAAGCAAAACUAUUCAAAAACUUUCUCUCUUCCCAUUAAACUUGAGCCGUGGCUAUAUUGAACUGUUUUGGAGGGGAAUGGGUAGCCAGGAAGGAAACAAAAUAUAUCCUUAAAUCAUUAUGGAUUUUGGAAUUGUGAGGAGUAGAAUCCCAAAAUUCAUCUCUAAAGUGAUUUUAAAAUGCUGGAGGCUUCCAAUCAGUAUAAAUACAUAUAUAUAUAUAUAUAUAAAUAUAUAUAUACACAUAUAUAAAAUAUAAUUUUUCUAUUUUUGUUUUUGAUUUUAAUUUACAAAGAUUUUCUGCCUGGAAUCAAUUUUGAGUGUUCAGAUUUAGCUUGAGAAAUUAAAACAAAACAACAAAAAAAGAAAGCAGUAUACAUCCUUCAGUAUAGGAGAUGAGGGAGUAAGAAAAUAUUUUUUGAAGAAGCAUUUCUGUAAAAAUUAGAAAUUACUUUUUUUAAUCUAUUUAAUGUUUGGCUUGGAGAAUGUCAUCUCUGAUUAUAUGGCCUUGUGUUGCAGAGCAGAUCAGUGAUUGGGGUGUCUGUGGUUGUGAGUGUGUGCAAGAGUGAUUUAAGCCAAAUCUGUUGUCAUAUUAGUAAAUGAUUUGAAAACUGAAUGUAAUACUUGAGUAGAUUUUUAUUCUAGUUUGAAUUUAGUCUGUCUUUUCAACUUUAUUAAUAUUUCAUUCUACAGACUGUUAAGCUCUAAUUGUACUUGGAGAUGUGACUACCAAUCAGUUUGAUACUCAAGGAAAGAAUGGGGGCUAUUCAAAAAAAUUCAGAAAUUCAUCUUGGACCUGAAAUGAUAGGUCAAUGGAUUUUAAAGGUUUAAACUGCCCUGGGAUCUGUUGUCACCCCUCCCUUCACCUUUAAGAUGGGAAACAAAACUUUUUUGCUAUUUCAUUUGUUACUCUUUGUUUUUUGACUACCUACCCCCAAAAGUAAAAUAACCAACCACCUACUGAAUUGUAUGUUUCUGUACGUUUUAAUUAAUCCAGUCAAAUCGUAUAACAGUUAUAAAUUUGGGGAUUUAACACUGAAGUAUUUUAUUCUGUUCACAUACUCAGAAUUUUAGGUCCCAGAAAGGUGGGGCAGACUGACCCUCCAGUAAUAUUUUGUUUAUUGUUAAAGAUUAAACAAUUUAACUGACUUUUUUAAAGUGUUAAAUAGUGUAGAAGAGAAAAUUUUUAUAAAGGCUUAAUUGGGGGGGGACUUUUUUCUGUUUGCAGUGAUAUCUAUCACCUUGCUUCCUUCGUCUUGAAAUUUAAAAAAAAAACAACCUAUAUAUAUAUACAGUUUGGAAUUCACUGAAACAGAAACAGCAAGUCAAAAGAUUUUUAUAAGGUGAUAAAGAUGGUUAAAUAAAAUUGAUGCAGAAUUUCUCAGUGAAUAAAAUUGUAGCUGUCAUAUAUUAAAUAGGCAAGUUUACAUGCUGGUAUUUAGAAAAUGGCUAAAAUAUUAAAAACCAUGUUGCAUUAAUCUGUUUUUUAAGUCAUACCAUGUUCAGAGUUCUAUGUAAGGUGGGGUUUUAAUUUUCUUCUUAGGGAUAGUUUGUAACAGGAAGAACUUUCCCUUAUGUUAGUGAGUUACAUAUGUACAAAUUGAAACUGUAAAUUGUGAACACUGGAAAGCACCAUUGUGGCAUAGAAUAAACAUCUUAGUAAUAUAUUAAAGUGAAUGUAAAUGGAGGUUAAAAAUGUUACUGUGAAACUCCUUUCAAUUCUAAGUUAAGCUUUGGAGAUUUGUAUUAGUGGGUAACUGUUAAGAGCUUUGAAAACACUGCACAUUUCUGUACAAGCCAGAAUUAUUAUUUCUUUGUAAUUUAUUAUUUAGCUUGGCAGUUGCUUUUGAUUUGGUAGAUUGAUAACAUGGUAUAAUAUAUUUACACAGUUUGAAACUUUUCUACACACUAUUUUUAAAAUCAACUUCUAAAAGAGACAUACAAUAAAAUUUGCUGAAAUUUGGGGGGAGUUUAGUCCUUUAAAAAAAAGUUUUAUUAAUCAUUGGCUUACAUCUAUGAUAAAAGUGCUUAUUUUGGUUUACUUACAUAAUGCUGCAGUUGGUGGAAAUGAAACAAAGUGUUAACCCCCUGUGAGUGCAUUGGAAUUAAAAGAAUAAACAUUUUGUAAAAAUCACUUGGUAAGGAUUAUAAGCUUAAUUAUUGCACUUAAACAUUACUCCUACUACUUUUUUUUUUUAAUAUAUGUCAAAGUUGUAGGCUUCUUUUAUUCGUAUGCUUAUGUGACUUUUUAAUUCACCAACUCCAAAAAAUCUAAAGGGUUAUUUGUUUCCUGGUACUCGGGAUUGAACCCAAGCCUUGCACAAACUAGGCAAGCACUCUUAUCACUGAGGUAUAUUCCCUACCCCCUAAAGGUUAUAAUUGAACACAAGAAAGGAGUUCUUUUUAAAGGAACCAAUCAUAUUCUUGCUUUUUUUCCAAAUGUAAUCUAAAGUAAAAAAUGUUAAAGACGUGACUUUUUUUUUUUAAGGCGACAUGACCAUUUUUUAAUUUCUUUAAAUAUAGUGUUUUUUAGUUUAAUUUGCCUUGUUACAUCUAAUCAUUGCCAUUUGAUGGCAUGUAUAGGGGAGAGUGUGUGUGUGUGUUUGCAUAUAUACAUAUAUAUAUGUAAUAUAUAUAUUCACAGAAUGUAUUUAGCAUUUAUUUUAUUGCAACAGGUUUAAUGUUUAUAUUACGUGAUGCCAGUGAGUUGUGUGAAACUGUUGGCUUUUUUACCAGCAUUACUCUUAACUGAUGAAGGUGGGUGUUUAUUAUACUUAACUAUUUAUUGCUUCUGAAGAUAGAAUGAUUGAAGUCUCAGUUUUUUUCCUCCUUUUCAUCCUUUUGGCCUAACAUUUCCUUGAACUGCUGGAGGCUGAAAAUAGAUAGAAUUAUACAGAAUGUUUGAUACAGUAAUCAGCCACAGUUCUUAACUGCAUAAAGACCAAAAGUCAUACAAGUUGAUCACUUUGUACUUCAUGUAGAAGGUACAUAGAGACAUUGCAAAACCUGCCUCCGUUUUCUACCUGAUAAUUAGGACUUUCAUAAUAUCUAGGAACUGUCUCCAAUCUUGAUCAUCCUAGUUUUGCCAGAUAUAGACACUAGCAUUUAAAAUAAUGGUCCAAUCUAAAUAUUUUUCACCCUCAUUUUGAAGGAACAUUGAUCUUUGAUAAAAAGUAGUUCUUGUCUCUUGUGAUUAAUUUGCAGGUGAUCAAUGACAAAAGAAUUCUAAUUUAUUUUUGUUUCCUGCAGAGAUUGGGGAAUGCAUCUAGGUGGUAGAGCUCUUGCCUAGCAUAGCAAGGCCCUGGGUUUGAUCCCCAGCUCUUCGAAUUAAAACUAACAAAAAACAACUACAACAAACAAAAACUAAUUUAUUUUUAGUUCCUAAAGUUUCUUAACUUAGUUUGAAUAUUGUUUCACAUUGCUUUCCUUUUUAAAUAACCACACUUGCUUUACAAAAGGUUUAAUAAUGGAAUAUAGUCUCUUCACUAAUGUAAAUGAGAACAAGAAUAUUGCUGGAACAGGAAGUAGUAUUUAAAAGUUACUGAAUAUUUUCUCUAGUUUUUAUUAGUUAUGGCCUUAAUAAUUAAUUAGUCUUUUGGCUUAAAUGUCUACUGGUUUACCUUAACACAGUUGAAAAACACUGGGGUUAACACUCUAUUUGUAUUGGCAAUAUAUAUUAACUAUAUUUUAAAAGAACUAGGUUGGUCUUUUUUUAUGGAAAAGGUAAAACUCAAAAAGAGACAGUGUACUCCUUUUGAGGGAUUUAUUAAUUCUUAGAUAUAAUAUAUGAUGGAUUUUUUCCUCUUUUAUAUAUAUAUUUCCUUAAAUAUGAUGGCUACUAGUUCAAAUUUAGAAUUUUUUCUGCAUGUUUUUGUAGCUAGUCUGAUCUUUGAAGAAGACGUGGACAUUUCAUUUCAUUUCAUUAGCUGAAUGAAGACAUUUUAAAUUAAAAGAAAUUUUGUUUUAAACUUGAGAAUAAAUUCUUUUGAAAAUCACCUGAUUAUUAAAUGAUUUUUAUUUUUAAAGAUAAGAAGUUUUUAUUAGUCUAUGGUAGACAUCUCCUAAAAGUGCAGCUCAGAUAUCUACAGGUUGUGUAUUAAAUAUUUUUAUUUUCAGUUUUGUAGCACAGCAUACUGAUUAGUAUAUGUAAAGAAUUAUCCAUAUCAACCUUAUUUUUUUCCCUUUUAAAAAAAGAAACUUUCAAAUGUCCCUUGAAUGGCAUAUCUUAAAUGUUGGGGGUUGGGGGAUCAGAACCAUUUAUCCGGCUUUCUAGAUUGUCCAUUGCUUAGGUUUGUUACUGUUGUCAGAAUUGUCCCUCCAAAAAAUGGUGACACAUGCUCUUGCAUAAAAUGUUAAAAUAUGUACAUCCUUGUAUUUGUAUUUGUUUUCAACGUUGCCAAGGUGCUAUGGGAAAUUAAAGUAACAAUAUUAGAAAAAAUAAUAAAAUUACUAAAAAGCA